AUGCCUACCGAAGUCAAAAGUGUCCUGAAAUUCACCAGGAUCAGUGAACACGCAUUCCCUCCUGUGAAAGGCUCAGAUAAAGCAGCCGGUUUUGAUUUAAAAAGUGCCUAUGACUAUGUUGUACCUGCUCGUGGAAAGGAACUGAUUAAGACUGACUUACAAAUUGAAUUGCCGUCUGGAUGCUAUGGCAGAGUGGCUCCUCGAUCUGGAUUAGCUGUUAAAAACUUUAUUGAUGUUGGCGCUGGUGUUAUUGAUGAAGAUUACCGAGGCAAUGUCGGGGUCGUGUUAUUCAACCACUCAAAUGAAGAUUUCAAAGUCAACAAAGGUGAUAGAAUUGCCCAACUAAUAUGUGAACGUAUAUAUUACCCAGACUUAGUAGAAGUUUCGAAUUUAAGUGAAAGUAAAAGAGCAGAAGGAGGAUUCGGUUCAACGGGAAUUCAAUAA